GCCCCUAUUAAAACUGACCAAUGAAUGAGAAGGACAAGGUCAAGAAUCAGUUAAUUACUGCCAGUCUUCCGGUGAGAUUCACCUCUCCUGCAGUGGAGACAUUUAAUGAGCCCUGGAAGUUCAAACAGAGAAAUGUGAAGACUGAAAGGGAGGGAAAACAUUAUUUCCUGCCCUCACUGCUACAGUCCUGCGGCUGACAGCAACGGCGAUCCACCAGCAGUGACUGGCGGAAUAGUCUCAUUUGGAGAGAACAGCCUGUUAGUGGGAGGUAACCAACAUGAUGCCCCCUCGUGCACUUAUCAAUUCUGUGUCAGUCCGUGCUGCGCCGUGCGUUUUAUUGGGAUACGUAAAUGCCGAGCGCACUGAGGUACUGUAAAGCUCACCGAUGGAUGCAGCCGUGCGCGUAUUGGAACGGGGUAAUUUGUGAUCACACUUGAAGCAGGUUAAAACACACUGCAGUUGAAAGAGAAGAAGACGUGGCUUGGACGAUCGGCGCUCUGUGGAUAAUAACCUUUAAGUCAUUUCUUACCCCCGUGUGUGUCACAUCAAUGGAUGGAUGAGGCUUGAAUUGGUUGCACACAUAGAUGGAACAAGAGCGCAGAAGUGAUGACUGCCUUUGAUGAAGUAAAACUCCCGUCCAGACCUGGUGAAUCAAGGCUCGGCGCGGAAAUCAUGUGAGAAUUUAGCUUUUUGGUGUACAAUGAAGGCUCCUCACACUUGAAGCCGCUGCCUGAAUUUCUGAUGGGGUUUUAAAGGCUUCUUGAGGAUACCUGCUGGAUUUUUUUUCUUUCGAUGUUGCAUCACAGAUUAACGCAUUUUUCCUCUCGAAAAUGGAAAACGGAGCAGCCUGAAGAGAAGAGAGAGAUAUUGUUUAAUCUCGGCAACUUUAUCAGUUCUUCAAUGUAUAGGAUACCUUUUCAAUCACUAAACUGCGGAACUUCUUUCAUCGAUAUAACCAGGAGGGAAAAUAGAAAUAAGCAUCUUGAAAUCCGCACUGGGUUGUGAGGUGAAAUCUAAUCAGAUUCAGCUGGGCUGAUGACUAAGAAGUAAUAGGGACUUGAAGAAAAGUUACAUUUGAAAACGACAGUGAGCGGGACAUUAAAAUAACCCCACCUCUGCUCCUCAAUGUAUGGAUGGUGGCCUGCCAUACAGUCUAAUGACGGACUUUUCAGGAUGUAUCUACCUGAAAUUGACCACAUGAGGUUAUCCGUGCUCUACAUGUUAUGGAGAGGUUACUUUUUUAACAUUUAAUUGAGAUCUGAGAGCAAAUAAAAACAGUGCUACUUCACAUUCGCCUAACUCAUCAUUUGGAGAAAAUGUGGGACCACAGUGGGUAUCGCUUUGUAUCGGGAGAGUAGUUUCAACAAUGGCACUUGUGGGUACCUCUGUGUUGUGUGCGUACUGAAAACAAGAGGAAAUAUCGGAUGCAUUAUCAUCACCGUGAGAGUUAAUAGCAUGCCAUCCAUACUGAUAUGUGGAUUACAUACCACGUCGUUUUGAGAGUGGGAACACAAUGUGUCUGACAAGAAAUAUCACCACGGAUUCUGCAAAAUCGCCUGAGAAUUGCGGAUGUUUUUUCGAUGCAGUUUUUGGGGAGGGAGCGGGAGAGGGACCGUUUUCCGUCUAAAGCAGAGAUCCUGCAGCCCUCGGCGUCUUCGUGAACAAAGACAGCUUUACAGUGGAUUGGAAGUUAACAUAAGGAUGACCAGAACUGCUUGGAACUCUGAUUGAAUUGGCAGUGAGCCCAAAUCCUCUUUCCAAAGAGUGGAAGACCAGUAAAUGAAUUAUGAAUGUUAAACAAGAUGACCUCCUCUCAGCAGCAGCAGAUGAUGCGAGGUCCUAGGUGGAACCGGGCCUUGUCCGACCCUUUGUUUGUGCUGCUUCUGGCCCUCCAGCUGCUGGUGGUGGCAGGGCUGGUACGUGCUCAGACGUGCCCCUCUGUCUGCUCCUGUAGUAACCAGUUCAGCAAAGUCAUCUGCACCCGGCGAGGCCUGCGGGAUGUCCCUGAUGGCAUCUCUACCAACACACGCUACCUGAAUUUGCAAGAAAAUCUCAUUCAAGUCAUAAAGGUGGACAGCUUCAAGCACCUAAGACAUCUGGAGAUCCUGCAGCUUAGCAAAAACCACAUACGCAAAAUUGAGCUGGGAGCCUUCAAUGGACUGGCCAGCCUCAAUACCUUGGAGCUUUUUGAUAAUCGCCUCACCACUAUCCCAAACGGGGCAUUUGAGUACCUGUCCAAACUAAAGGAGCUUUGGCUGAGGAAUAACCCCAUAGAGAGCAUUCCCUCCUAUGCUUUCAACAGAGUGCCCUCAUUACGGCGGUUGGACCUUGGGGAGCUCAAACGGCUCUCCUACAUAUCUGAGGGGGCCUUUGAAGGGCUGAGCAAUCUGCGCUACUUAAAUCUGGGAAUGUGCAAUCUGAGGGAAAUUCCCAACCUUAUUCCCCUGGUGAAGCUGGAUGAACUGGAGAUGUCAGGGAACCAGCUAUCUGUCAUCCGACCUGGCUCUUUUAAAGGGCUCAUUCAUUUGCAGAAGCUAUGGAUGAUGCAUGCCCAGAUCCAGACCAUAGAAAGGAACUCUUUUGAUGACCUGCAGUCACUAGUGGAGCUCAAUCUAGCCCAUAACAACCUUACCCUAUUGCCCCAUGAUCUCUUCACUCCUUUACAUCACCUGGAGAGGGUGCACCUGCACCACAACCCGUGGAAUUGUAACUGUGACAUCCUCUGGCUAAGCUGGUGGCUUAAGGAGAUGGUACCAGCAAACACCAGCUGCUGUGCCCGCUGCAGCUCACCAUCCCACCAUAAGGGACGAUACAUUGGCGAGCUGGACCAGAACUACUUUCACUGUUAUGCUCCUGUUAUUGUGGAGCCUCCUGCAGACCUAAAUGUGACAGAGGGAAGCGCUGCAGAGUUGAAAUGCAGAGCCAGCUCCUUGACCUCAGUAAGCUGGAUUACACCCAAUGGUUCCAUCAUGACACACGGUGCAUACAAGGUCAGAAUCUCUGUGCUGAAUGACGGCACUCUGAACUUCACCAAUGUUACCAUGCAGGACACAGGCACAUAUACAUGUAUGGUCAGUAAUUCUGCGGGUAACACGACAGCAUCUGCCACGCUCAAUGUGUCCUCUACAGAGAACAGCAGCUUCAGCUACUUCACCACAGUGACAGUGGAGACCAUAGAAACGCCACAUAAUGAAGGCUUCACAACUACUGUGCAACAGAAGGUGGGCCCCACCCCCUCUGCUGGUAUGUGGGAGUCUGUUUCACCCACGUCUACAACUACCACCACAGUUCGGACCCCACUUUCCACCCGUGCCACAGAGAAGACUUACACAAUCCCUGUCACGGAGCUGGGUGGGGAGGGCUCACUGAACGGCUUGGAUGAGGUAAUGAAGACGACCAAGAUCAUCAUUGGCUGCUUUGUUGCAAUCACACUCAUGGCAGCUGUCAUGCUGAUCAUCUUCUACAAGAUGCGCAAACAGCACCACCAGCAGAACCACCACGCACCCACACGCACCAUUGAGAUCAUAAAUGUGGACGAGGACUGUGUAACGGGAGGCCCGGGCAUGGAGGGCCACCUGACUCUGCCUCCUCUUGAGCACGAGCACCUCAACCACUAUAACACCUAUAAGACUGCAUACAACCAUGCCUCCACUAUCAACUCCAUACACAGCUCAGCGCACGAACCUUUGCUAAUCCGGGCCAGCUCAAAAGACAAUGUACAAGAGACCCAAAUCUAAUACUUUUUUUCAAAAUGAGACAUUAUAAAACUGAUGGAAUUACAUAAAGACAUUACUGACUGGACAUUACUGACAACUGGUUGCGAGGACUGUGGCUCAAACAUAGAGGUUUGGAAACACGGUGUGUUUAGCAAAUCAGUGACUGGUGAUGUUUAUUCAAUGACUUUGGGAAUUAGGGUAUGUCUACUGUUUCAAAAAGUGUCUUUACAAAACAGAAGUUAUUUAUUUAAGAAAAAAGCUAUUGUGGUUAAAUCAAGAGAAAACUGUAUUCUGCAAUUAUUUUUUCAGCACUUAUUUCAUGUUUAUUUUUUUCCUUCCUCUCAUUUCACGGGAUUGGUUUACUAAUAUGCUUUCAAACUCUGUUUGAAGACUUCUGUUGAAGAAAAACUCCUGAAGCAAAUUAUUGUUCUUUUUUGGUAAACUGCAGACUUUAGAUCAGAUGAGAUAGUAACCUCAUUUUCCCCAGGUAUCAAAGGAAUCUAGAGCACAUUAGUGAAGUUCUCCAGCUGUGGAUUAAGUGAUGAAAUCUUUUGUGACCAUCUGUAACUGAGAUGAGUUAAACACUUGUUCAUUAUUUUACAGUGAGUGACAGAACUGUCAGUGAUGAAAUUUGAUCAUAAUUCACUGUUAAUUAUAUCUGUCAUAUACAUAUUAGGCAUUCUGCUCUGUCAUCAAUGGACUGAGGAUCUUAAAUGAGGGGAAUAUGCCCUGCAUUCUGCUAUUGUAAAAGUUGAGGCUCACUAUCAGAAGUGCAUUUUAGUUAAAUUAAAUUCUAUUGAUUAACUAUGAAAGAAACUUACAUUUGUCUUUGUGUUUCUAAUGUAUAUACAAAAUAUAAUUUUAGCCCUAAUCUCCACUUGUUUUGACUCAAGUUCCCAGCUUCUCUGAGAUAUCUUCUAUUUAUCAUAGAGGACAUUCCAUUAAUUGCAUUAAGACCCAUUUAGAUUCUGAAGGUCAUAAUACAGGACCAGCAUUAAUGGGUACUUUAGAAUCAGCAUAAUUGUGAUUGAAAAAAUAGGGAAAGAUGUAAAGAUCAGAACUCUUCUUCUGGAAUAAGUCCACUGCCUUCCAAUGUAUCAUGGUCUCACCUUUACCGUAAGGUGCUUUGUACUGUUUCAUAUCAAGAUAAUUCCUUUGAAGCCACCUUUUUCAUGCUGAGACCCCUUACCUCAUCUGCAGUACUGCAGGACUGAGUGCUGUCAGAAGCAGAUUGACAAGCUGAAGAAAGAGCAUAAACCCUUUAUACAGCUGUCUGAGGACAUUGCCUGUCAUCCGUGUGCCAGAUUUCCACAUGGGCAGUGCCUGGCAGCCCCAGAUUCACACCUUGCCCCUGCCAAACACAGGACUUGGCCCUGAGCGGCAGGGCUUAUGCUGCGAGAGGCUUUAGAGGUGAAUGUGUGGGAUCGGGCAUCAACCAGAUGUUUGGGUUGCACCUGCCUCUCUCCCUCUCCCUUAGCGACAACACAAUUUCCAUUUUAAUUGAUAUGCCAAUGGGCUUUGGAUGGACAGAGCUCUGCAGGCGCCCAUACCCUGGAAACCAUUUCAAAGUCCCCAAUGUGAAAAAUGGUGCCGGGCCCCAUAAAUGCAGCGGUUAGGCAGACAUUUGUCAGCUCCAGCACUUAUGGAGAUGCCCCAGGUUUAUUUUUAGCAAAUAAGUGCAGUUUUUGCUCCCUAACAGUAAAAUAUGAGAAGGUGAGGCCACUGUCAUGCUUAGUUUAGUUUUGUGUUUUCAUUAUAUCAAGGUGUUACAAUAAGUAAUUAUAUAAGGAGAAUUACUCGUAAAAACUACUGUUACAGAUAGUUGCAUGUACUUUCUGUGGAGUCACCAUGCACACCACUAACCUUAAUGCUGGAAGUGGUACUCGAAUUUCACAGUAUGUUGUGAGUUCCAAACACUCAUCUUCUAUAGGCUAGAAAGGUGUAUGUGAAAAGUAUAUGAUUUGCCAUUUUAAAAAGAGUAGAUGGUGUGAUCAGCUUGGAUUCACGGUGGUUACAGUGGAUUCCAAUGGUGGCAAUGGUGGUUUUCACAUCAGAAAUAAAGUAUUAACACAUCCACAGAAACUUCUCAAACUACUCCUGCUGCGUAAUCAACAUUGUUACCGUCCAACUGUAUGCUCAGUUUGUUUCAAACUGUCACAUUUCACCAUUUGGUUAAACACUAUCAAGCUGAAGAUGAAGAUGAAGAUGUUCAUAGGUCCAUUCAUGUUAUAGCGCCCACCUCCUGGCCUUCCAUUGGUCAAAACCACUCUAAAUUAUACUAGCUAGCUCACUAUCCCACAUUUGAGAAUAAAGACAAGUUAACAAAAUGUCAUCAGCGGGACAUAACUAUUAACCUUUUCCAACCACCUUUAAAGUCUACUUGGAGUGAGUGCUUUCAACUCAAAAGACCUAUUUUAACCUAAAAGACAAAUAGGCUACUUCCCAUAGCUUAAUGCUUCAGCUUUUUUUCAAGUAGAGAGAAUAAAUAAGAUACAGUAGCAGUUCAUCUGAGUAACCCUUGACUAGAAUAUGAAAAGAGAAUUAAAUGAAACAACAAGAUAAUAAUCUAAAGCCCUAUUCGCACAGGAUUAGUAUUACCUGGGGUCCUCCUGUGAUACGUAGUACAAUAAUUGCAUAGAUUAUAUAUGUUGAUAACCUGUCUGUCAUGUCUGUAAUUGGUUAAAUAAAAACUCUACAGCAAAUUACCUUCCAUAUUUCACCUAAUACAGAAGCUCAUUUGAUAAAAAUAGUCCUGUGUGAAACGGCAUCAUUUUAUUUAGUUUUUUAUGUACAUUUGUCCUCCUCUUACAGGUUAAGUAUUAUGGAGGCUGCAGUGGAUAUUAUUAAUGGGAGCUUUGAUACCAUUUUGGAUGCAAAUGCAAGAGGUUAUUGUAUCUACUUAGUAUGGAGACCUGCUGUAUGUUUCAAAAUAAUUUGAUAAGAUAAUUCUGGAGAUUUGUUCAGUAAAUUUGAUUGAAACACAUUUUUAUUUAUUCACUUUGAAUGUGCUGCACACAACAGAUUAGAUUCCUAAAUAAUAUGAGGUCCCCAAGUAAUUUUAGUCCAGACUGAAUGAGAUGAUUGAUUACUCCAUAUCAUGCUUUUUUCAUCACCCAGACACUAUUUAUCCCAUAAUUACACUUCUGUGGAGUUUGGCACAUUUUUAAACCAUAGAAUGACCUGGGUGUGUGUCAUUUAAUCUGUAUUUGAGUUCCUAGUGGUGGGAUGUGGAUCACAGUUCUACUCAGUUUACAUAAGAGAGUGUAACCAACUUCCCUUUUUGCCUUUAGUUGGAGGUAAAUUGUCUGAAAACUUAAAUCGUAAAUUUGUUGCAUUUUAGUCAAGCUGUCUCAUGUAUGUAAGAUAUCUAAAUAUUUUUGGUCAAUAUGAUUUUUUUCACAUUCUUUUCUUUUUUUCUGAGAUUGAAUGCUGUUCUAGUGGUAGAUUUAUAUAAAAAAUACAUUUUGAGAAUAAAACAAAACAAAAACAAAAUUUUAUAAAUUUUGAUUUUACAUGUGCCAACAAUCUGUUCUAAAAGUGAAAAAGAGAAACAUGAUGUAAACGAAUGAGAGAUUGAUUUUCAUGUAAGCAUUCUUUCAUGACCUUUAAAGAUAUGGAGAUCGAUUAUAGAGACCAGAGUUUGUAGUUCAUACACAAAAUAUGGUUAAAAUAAACUAUUGUUGUUUUUCUG